AUGCCGUUCGGAAUCCUCGACUGCAAGAAGCUGGAAAACGUGCCUGGCACGUCUUUCAUGAGCGACCAGGAUGAUCUGCCACCAGAGUACUCCGAGAUACCACGAGAGUUGUUGAAACACGGGAAGGGCAGGUUUUCAAAUAUCAUCCUGAUUCCUCAGCCAUCCGACUCCCCAAAUGAUCCUUUAAAUUGGCCACAAUGGAAGAAGGAAAUGAUUCUCCUCAUUGUUUCACUCUCCGCUGCCGUUGUGGGAGCGUUCGGUCCCAUGUUGAGUCCUGGUUUCGUCGAGAUCUCGGCUCAACUCCACAUCACGGUCGAGGUCUUGUCCCAGGCCACCGCGUGGCUGAUUCUCACCAUUGGGCUCGGUUUAUUCUUGACCAAUCCUUUGGCCAAGAUUUACGGAAAGAGGCCAAUUUAUAUUCUUGCGAGCUGCAUCAUGUUUGCCUGCUCUAUCUGGGGUGCGAAAGCGGGAAAUUACAGCAGCUUUCUGGCUUCAAGGGUCAUAAGCGGUGUCGGUAUGGCACCGUAUGAGGUUCUUGUCCAAUGUACCAUUGGCGACCUCUACUUUGUUCAUGAAAGGGCCACCCGGAUCGCGGUGUGGAAUUUGUUUCUCCUGACCGGAAUUUCUGGUGGAGCUUUGGUUGCUGGAUACAUAAUCGAAUAUGAUGGGUAUCAGUGGACCUUCGGGGUAUGCGCGAUCAUGUUCGGCGUGCUCAUGUUCGGCGUAUUCUUUCUCGUCCCUGAAACCACAUAUCGUCGAGACGCUGUCGUGGUCGUUCCGGUUGUAGAUACAGUCGACACGGAUCCUGAGAAGCCGGGUGCGCAACAUGUCCACCUAACGCUGGGACACGAACACGAUCUCUCCCAAGCUCAAGGAGAGAAGGACAAACAUCUGUCCUAUGCAGUCACGCGCGGAUCAGCCGAGCCCAAGAUGUCAUAUUGGCAGUCGCUGAGGAUUUUCACCGGACGAUACAGCUAUGCUCCGAUUAUCAAGAUCUUUACGCGCCCUGUGCUGCUCUUCUUUUAUCCAGCUGUAUUUUGGGGAUUCCUCAUGUAUGGCACGACCCUAACCUGGAUUGUUGUUUUCUCUGUGGUCAACGGAGUGAUAUUUGUGGCUCCGCCUUACAACUUUUCGGUGUCGCAGGUCGGGCUGAUCAGCUUGUCUCCGUUUAUCUUGACGCUGAUCGGAGAGGUCAUCUCUGGCCCACUCAACGACGCGAUUUGUCUCUACUUGACGAAGAAGAAUAAGGGAAUCUACGAACCUGAAUUUCGACUGGUGCUCAUCAUCGUCGUCAUCAUUCUCGGCACGGUGGGUUUCUUUGGAUUCGGAGCGACUGUGCAUUACCAAACGCAUUGGCUGGGGCCAGUCUUGACAUUUGGGUUUGCAAACAUGAGUUUGGCCUUUGCGUCGACCUGUGUCUUUGGUUAUGUGAUCGACUCUUACCCCAAGCUGAACGAGGAAGCAUUUGUGGCCAUCAACGCCCGAAAUCUCCUCACCUUUGGCCUGACAUACUUUGUCAACAACUGGCUGGCUAAAGAUGGCCCCUUGCAAGUCUUCUGCAUCCUGGGCGCCCUCUUCUUGUUUGUCUGUCUUUUGACGAUCCCUCUCUGGAUAUUCGGCAAGAGAAUCCGAUCCCGAAUUGGCAGGACAGCGUGGCUGCAGCGGUAUAUGAAUGACGAUUUCUAG